AUGUGGUUUACUGAGUCGGCUCUUCCCACCCUUGACAAAGGAUAUCCUAUAGGGGAUGAGACAGUUCACACAAGACGACCCCAAAUCUUAGUUCAUCUAUCGCCACAGAAAUAUGCCGAGAAUUACAUAAAUGCUAAAGUCAAUGCCGGGAUGAUCUGCCCGUCCUGGUAUGUGUCUCCCUUGACUGAGUAUAUAGCCGCAGCUAAUGAAGAACGCUGGAGAGAUAUUGUCCAGAUGAAUCCCUCUGAAGUCACUGGUCCUGAGGACAAUAGAACUGUGACCACCUCCCUCGAAGACCACAUCCAAAAGCUCAUGAUCAAGCACUCCUGCAGUUGCCUCGCCCUACCGAGAAGAAAAUGGUAUCUACAGGCGAUGUGUCCGUUGAAGUGA